AUGGAUCCAUCAAAAAAUAAAAAACGAUAUCAAUCAAAGAAGUUAUCGUUAAAAAAAAACCUGAGUUCUCGAAUGAGGGACCUUUUUGGAAUUCGCAACCAAAACAAGAACGAUUCUGAGGUAAUAGAACCUGUUGUGGAACCCUUUUUCUUAGGUGCUGAUAAUCAACCACCAUGUUCAUCAAGGGAAACAAACAGUGAAAUAACUAAACCGGAAGACAUUGAAAUUAAUGAUUUGGUUACUGAAGAAACCUUUCACAAACAUGAUUUGGUGUGUGAACAAUCUAUAUCUAGUAAUCAAUAUGUUGGAUAUGAAAACUCCGGUAGACGAAUAGUAGAUAUGAAUUACGUUUUUUAUCAAAUUAAAAAUAGUGAUCACAAAGGACCAUUUGGUUGUUCAUUUUUAAACAUGACGUUUAUUUCCGAAAAAAAACAUGUAUUAAGAUCAACUUUUAAACUUAAAUGUGAUAUUUGUCAUAUUAUUAUGUUUAUUGACUCGGAAAAAUCGAAACCGGAAAGUUAUUUACCAAUUAACGAAGCCGCCGUUGCUGGGUCGAUAUCAGCUGGAAUUGGAUAUACGCAAUUAUCAGAAUUGUGCGCGACAAUGGAUAUUCCAUGUAUGGCGUCAUGUACUUUUGUAUUAGUUCAAAGAUUUAUCAACAAAAGAAUUCAUGAUGUCGCAGAAGCACAAAUGAAAAUCGCUGGUGAUGAAGAACGUCGUUUAGCAAUAGAAGCGGGAUCAGUAGAUACUGAUGGAAUUCCUAUGUGUACGGUUGUCGCAGAUGGACAAUGGUCUAAACGCAGUUAUAAGAUUAAAUAUGAUGCAUUAUCUGGAGUGGCAACAAUAAUUGGUUAUAGAUCGAAAAAAGUUUUAUUUGUGGGCAUUAGAAAUCGGUUUUGUGUGAUUUGCCAGAGGGCGAAAAAUAAAAAAUUAAAUCCACCUGAACAUACAUGUUUUUUAAAUUGGAAAAAGGGUGCUACAAGUAUGGAAGCUGAUGGUGUUGCUGAUGGGUUUAAACAGAGUUUAGAAAUGCAUGGUCUAAAAUACAAUAAACUAAUAGGUAAGCUACUCCACGUUUUACAAUCGUGCAUAUUUUUUCAACUAUAUAAUUUUAGUUAAUUCCUUAUAAAUAUAAUGAAAAAAUGCAUAGGAGACGGAGACUCAAGCGUUACAAAAAGAUUAGCUGAAAUAAUGCCUUAUGGACCUAGACUACCCGUCAUAAAAAUAGAAUGUCGCAACCAUUUAUUGCGAAAUUAUGGGACAAAAUUAGUAGCUAUGACA